CUAUAGGGGAAGGGAAUGAUGAACAUGUACAGUUGACUGGGAAGACUUAGAAACCUCUAUAAAUGAAGGCGCCAUUAAUCAUCCCAAAUAUUAUAAGUGAGCGACCGAUCCUUCGAAAUAUGGUUUCUUCUAAGAACACCAUCGCUGGCUGGAAACUGGUGGUGGCAGUAGCGGUGAUGAUCGUGUUCGUACUUCUCUCGUCACCCCCGGCAAAGGCUUCCAGAGUUCUACUGGAAGUUGGAGUCGUCAAACCAGAUGGCUGUAAGUCGUCUUAAUUACCCUCCUCGAUCGACCUCGUAAUUAUUCAUGCUAUAUAUGUGUAACUUGC